CAUAUUUGUUCCAAAGGAUAGGUCAUCGAAUUGAUAUUCAUGGAGCUAGUUUGAAUAAAGAGUAAAAAAAAAUCAUAAUUUUUCUUCCCGAAUUCCAAAUUUUUAAUAUAGCCCAAAUUAAAUGUUGAAUAAAAUUCGGAAGAACAUUCACAAAAAAACGUUCGUUGUUCAUUCCGUCACGUAUACACCUCAAACGAAAAUUAUCAGUGUAUUUGUGAUUGCAUUUGAUACAGUCCUAUCAAAAUAAAAGCGUGUCAUUUGAUUAAGUUGAAAAAAAUCAGGCAAAAAAUGACUAAAAAAUCUGAUUAAAAAAUGCAUUUCAUUCAAAUAUUUUGCAAAAUCCAACAAAAACUGAUAUAAAACCAUCAAUAGCCGCUGUUCCGCUGUGCUUGUGUAUCGUAUAGCUGGCAAUACUAAAAGAAUUCCAUGCAAAAGCAAAACAAAUAAACAUUUCGUUUUCGAAAUACGAAGCGAGUGUAUGCCGUGAAGUAGCUACAGCUGUAUGCGUGUGUAUAUGUAUAUGUGUGUAUAGCGUAUGCGAUAUUCGCAUCUGUCACGAUUCUUUCACCGUACGUACGGCUUCAAGUGUGUGUAUGGCAAGUGAAAUUGACAUAACGUUCAUGUCGUCCGUGCAACAUGCGAUGUGAGAAAUGUCGGACUCGUUGUGUAUGUGUAGUUGUCAAAUGUAUUGCACACAAUCACACACGCACCACAUAGUAGUAAACUUGUUCAAUGGUCUCUCAGUUCUAUCCACCAUAUUUAUUCUCUCUAUCUCUCUCAUAAUACGAAUGAUUCUAAUAUGGCGAUAAAUAAAUGCACAAAUGAAUUUUCAGUUUUGUUCGGGCCAUUGCAUUCAAUCGCAAUAUCACAAGCCAAUGGAUUACCGUUUCAUUGAAUCAAAAAUCGAAAGUCAAUACGAAAUCCGAAAAAAAAUAACAGAAUUCUCUUCGAUUCGUUGUAUCGUGAGUGUUUUACCCGUCGAUUCAGGAAAGUGCUUGUGAAUUGUGUUGUGAAAUUGAAGCGAAAGAACGAACGAGAGUAGGUAAAAAAAAAGUGACAAACGAAAGACAGAGAACAGACAACACACAAGCGAGGAGAAAUGAAAGCGAAAAGUUGUUAAUAACAAAAACAAUCAGUCGAACUACAGUAAAGACAAUAGACAAUUUGGCUACUGUAUUCAGAAGAGAAAAAAAAACACAAAGAAUUGAAAACGUUUUCGGACGAGAGAAGAAAAGUAAACGAGUUGCAAUGGUAGUGUGUGACAGUUGAUUGAAACAAUAAUAAAAUUCAAUCCGAAUUACGAGUGAAUCAUGCAAUCAAGCAGAUAAUUUUUGUAAACAAAUGUGACACCACCACAAAUGUUCAAUCGAAAAAAGGGACAUUUGAUAAACAAACGACGAAUGAACAAAUAAAAAUUUGUGAAAUAACCGCAAUUGAAUCCGUUGGAAUAACACUCAAAAAUCCACAAUAACCCAAAACCCCACAAAACAAACCAAAACAACAAAAACUAAUUUAAUGUGGAAAAUCGGCCGAGGAUGCAUCGAAACGAUUUCGAUCCGUCGACCAUAGCCACAAUAUCAUCUUCCGAUGUAUCAACAACGGCGGCUACGGCUUUGGUUGAAAAUAUCAAGAAUAUAUUGAAAAAAUUAUCGAAUGCAACGAGUGAGUGCAGCAAUCGAACGGAAUUAUUAGCGGCAGCCUGGCUUAAUCUACAAAAUUUGAUUCAAACAAAUUCCGAACAUUUCGAACGAUGGAUGCAAUAUAUAGUCAAAUGUACGCUGGAGUCAAUGUUAAUGGACUGCACAAAGACCGACGUCAGAGACUUAGAGCAAUUGAAAACUAGGAUAAAUGAAUGUGCACCGUUGCUUGAAAAGUAUACGAAUAUUUAUUACCGAUGCAAGUAUAUUGUUGAGAAUAUCAACGAACCAUGGUCUCAUCCAACACUGAAACUGAUCUUCAAUGACGGCAACCAGGCACCCACAACCAUAUCAGAUGAACAGCUUAACAAAGAAAUCGAAUACUUUUCGAUUGAACGAGGAUGUAUGAUAGAAAUGCGUGCACGAAAAUUGAUCGAGACAAAAUGUGAUCGUUUGGCCAUGAAUUUCGUGACGGAAGCGUUACGUGUGAUUCAAAUGUGCACCGACGAGCACGUGCUACGUCGAACCGUGUCGCUGGGUCAUAAUCAAACGUUGCUCGAAAUUUAUUUUUCCUUGAUGUACAAAUUCAAGGAGUCUUCCCGCCUAAAAACUGAGUUGGAAGCCAUGGAAUUGGAAUCGGUCAAAGAGUUUAUAAUCAAUAGUUUUGCAACGAUUGACGCUCAUGUGGCCCUAACCAAUCGAAAAAAAUCAAUCGCAAAACCAAAGACCGGCAAAAAAGAGCAGCUAUCAUCGGCAGCACGUUUGCACAAAUAUCAUCUGGCCGUGAGUCAAUAUGCAUUGCAAUUGAUUUUGGUGCGCAUUUUAAGUGGUGAAUAUACAACGAAUGGCCUAGAAAAUAUCUUCAGACGACUGCUAAUCGAGUGGAUCCGAAGAAAUAAGGACCUGACAAAUUUCGAGGAACUUUUUCAAAAACUCAUUCAAACGGCCGCAUCCAAUUCACAGAUAUACGAUUGCUGUGAAAUUCUAUUCGAAAUGUAUCCAAACGAUUGUGAAACGGCAUUGCGGGUAUUUUGUUCGGAAUUAACAAAAGAAAUCAAUGUGCUGGAGCACAAAAAAUACGACGAAACGGUCGAUGCGUCAGUUAUAUUGGAUUUGGAGAAGCAAACAUCGAUACGUUACUUGUAUUUGGGGCAACUCCUGCAUGGUCAUCCAAAUUUAGAAAAAGAAUGUAUACUUACGGCGUUCUCAAUGAAUCCAACCUACGAAUGCUUCCAGCUGGUUUGUAAAUUGGCUGCGUCAGAACAAAGCGCAACAGAAGCAGCUACCAUGGCAGCGACAACAACAGAAACAACAGAAAUGACAGAAAUGACAGAAACAACAGCAAUAACAUCACAUAAUGAAUCGAUUGAUGCAUUGCCCACCAUUACCAGUUCGGAUUUGCUCCUUAAUUCUAAGGAAUACGAUGCAUUGCGAGCGCCAAACCGUUUGCUCGAUUCGCUCACGUGUUUGUCGGAGAAUGUGCGGUCGGAUUUGGUGUGCUUGUUGACGGUGCCACGUAUUAAAAAUCUCAAUUGGCUCGUUCCAUGGCUAGAUUUGAAGAAAGAAUGCGAAGAAUUGCUGGUGACCGAGAAGAAGAUGCAAAUCGUCGAAAAUACAACGGCUAGUGCGAAUGAUAAACUCAAAUUUAUCAACCUAAAUUACGAUGAUUUCAAAGAUUUUACACCACAUGAAUAUCCGGGAAUCGAAAAAGGAUAUGAAAUUUAUGUGGCCGACAGCGAUAGCGAGGAAUCAGUCCAAUUGGUUCCGAAUAAACACGGCGACGACAGCGAUAUCGAAAUUGGAGGUGGCAAUGCGAGUGAAGUAGACACCGAUACCGCACCAGAAUCGAAGGAAUUCAUCGUCAAAGAAGCGAAACGUUUGCGCGCUCGUAAGCGGCGUCUGAUUCAACGAAGUCAAAAACUGCUGGAAGAGAGCGAAAACGCUGUACAAAUUAAGAAAGAACCAAAUGAUGGUGAUCAACAGAAAAAGAAGCAAAAGCUCCCAAGACCAAUGAACAGUGAUAGUUUGAAAAAACCGAAUCGUAAGCCACGAAAACGCCCAUUGAAGAAGGAAAAAUCGGGCGAAGAAAAUGUUCCAAGCAUACCUACCAUUAAAACCGAACCGGACACCGAUCAACUGAUUGUUGAUAUAAAACUCGAACCAACGGAUAUUGACAUAAAACAGGAGCCAGUUGAUGAUGACACAAAAUUUGACUGUGAUGAAGAUGUGUCGCGAACAUUUGCUGAUUUAUCAAAUAUGCAACAGUUCAACGGUGCAAAUUUUCCACUAACUAAUCAUUUUUAUUCAGUCGUAUCGAAGAGUGAGCCCGCCGAUGAAAUGACCAAAUCGAAUGGCAUUCAAUCAAUGCUAACAACAAACGGCGAUAGCAACCAUGAGCCAUUGAGCAAUUUUUCCCAACUCACCUAUCCCCCAAAUCAAUUUGAACAGACGUGUACGGCAACGGCCAUAGCAACCGACGAUGACAGUAACCUAGUCAAUAGCAUAAUUAUGGCAGCACCUGAACUACAAAUUCAAGCACACGAACAAACACCACCAUUCCCAUUGAUUUGUGACGAUGGGGAUUUUGAUGAAGAUGAAAAGGUUGAUAUGCAAUUUCAAAAUAUAGUCGGAAAUAUGAACAAAUUGCUUGGCUUAAAUUCCACACAAAUUUCCUAUUUAACAAAUGAUGCGACAAUAAAUAGUAUGCAAUCCGUACAAGAGUCCGAAUCACAAUCGCCAGUGAUAAAUGAACUCUGCCCAUUGACACAACAACCACCAGUAAGCGAUGUCCCAGUCGUCGAUGAACCAGUCGUCGAUGUUCCAAUCGUCGAUGUGCUAGUUGUCGAUGUACCAGUCGUCGAUGUUCCAGUCGUCAAUGUGCUAGUUUACGAUGAACCAGUCGUCGAUGAACCAGUCGUCGAUGUUCCAGUCGUCAAUGUGCUAGUUUACGAUGAACCAGUCGUCGAUGUACCAGUCAUCGAUGUACCAGUCGUCGAUGUACCAGUCGUCGAUGUGCCAGUCAUCAAGCCAACACCUAAUAUGCCAGUCAUCGAAACGGAUAGUGUUAUGACAUUGGAUAGUAAUAGUAAGAGUUCAUGUGAUGUGCCAUCUGCAUUGAAUGCGACGAAUUCGGUGAUUGGUGUGCAAAGUCCAAAGCCAAAAAACCCAUUGAUGGCAUUCCGAAAACCAAAGAAAACCACCACCAUCAAACCAAAUGAUGCGGCAACUGUAGAUUCAUCGAAUGGACAAUCGAAAGAUUCAAUCGCAACUAAUUCACCGUUGAUCGCCAGCCAUGCGAACGCAUUCAGCAUUGAGGGAAAUCUAAACGUAGAUUGGACGUCCACAUCGUUAUUAAAUCAAGAUGAUCAUCGAAAUGGUUCAACAGGCAAUUUGGUACAUGGCAAUCAAUAUGAUCUCCCCUCAUGCAACAUCAUCACCACCACAGCUUUGUCGAAUGGCCAGUGCACCGAACGACUUGAAAAGCCAUUAAUUUUGACCAAACACUGUACGGUACGUUUAAAUCGAAUUCCAAAAUUGGAUCAGUUAAGUGGCCAAGACACGGUUUAUCUGCGAGAAUUGAAGCAACCAAAUGAUGUCAUCGACAAUAAAAAGGAAACGAUUCCAUUAUCCAUGGCGGACUCAAAAGCAAACACAAAAAGUGUUGAUGCCGACGCCGCCGCCGCCGACUGUGAUCAAGCAACGAAUGAAACGUCUUCCGCAGACAAAACUCCGCCAUCAUCAUCACCAUCAUCAUCACCAUCACAAACAAAUCAAAAUGCAAUGGAAUCGGGUGGAAAAAAUGCUCAAACGGCUGAAGAAGACGAAGAUGAGGAUCGUAAAACAAAUCAUUUGUAUCCGUACAGUUCGAUUAGCAGUAGUCACAAUCACAAUGGUAACGAUGAUGAUGACGACUGCAACAGUAGUGAGGACACAAAAACCAGUUGCCCCGGUGAAUGUAUUAGCCUUAAGACUGAACAACACAAUGGACAGCAACAACAGCAGCAAAAACAACAACAACAACGACAACAAGAACGCAGCAACAGCGGCGAAAGAAAUCAGCACGAGCAUCAAAAGCAACACUCAGGAAUGCCACAAAAUGUAUCAAACGAAAUGCAACUUUGUGCCCGACAAAGUUUUCUCAUGCAAAACCACACCGUGAGCUCAGCCAAUGUGGUAAAACAUUUAAAAUGCAGAUGAGAAGAGAGAGAGCGAGAGAGCCACAAAUAUACGAAAUAUCUCACCUUUUUUUUCAUUUCAAUAUUCUUUUUUUAUAUAAAUAUUUUUAUUAUUAUUUCUUCUUCAAUUCCUAUUGAACUCAGAGGACAAUAGACUAAUUCAAUCGGAACGGAUUUGCAUUGAUUUUAUGGACAAGAACGAAUCGAACGAAUUUUCAAAGAGCUAUUUUGUUAAUAAAUAUUUUAUUAUUCUUAUUAUUCUGUUGAA